GAAGCAACGGUUACUCCAAGUUACCUUUGACUUAGGCAGAAUUGCGUACCUCAUACUUCGUGCAGAGAGUACGGACUGCAGAGUGCUCUUGAGGGCAGACCACCGUACUGCGUACAAUGAUUCGUGUCGUACACCGCAAGUGCGCACUAACGGCGCCUCAGAACGAGCCUCAGUGAUGAUUACUGAAUAGGGGGCUACUGGCGGUGACAUGACAGUUGUCCAGAAUGCUUGAUUGGCGGCCGGGGGGGUGUCAUUUCAUGAUAUAUGACCUCCAAGAUGUCUGCCCACUCCAUUGGACCUCCGGCUCCAUUCACCACUCACUUUGACUUUACUCAAUCCUUCCGCCUUAAUAGUGUCAAUCUAUUAGCAAUAUGGCUAUCCACCAGAACCAGAGCUCGAAGCUCUUUGAACCCCUCGUCAUCAACAAUGGCAACCUCACCCUCGACCACCGUGUCAUCCAUGCCCCGAUGACCCGGAACCGGGGUGUGCCACUGAAUGAAAACAGCACUCCCGAGAACCCCAACCGGAUUUGGUACCCCGGCGAUUUGAUGGUCGAGUACUACCGCCAGCGCGCCACCAAGGGAGGACUGAUCAUCUCUGAAGGAAUCCCGCCAUCGCUCGAGAGCAAUGGCAUGCCCGGCGUCCCCGGCCUGUUCACCCCUGAGCAGAUCUCCGGCUGGAAACGCGUCGUCGACGCCGUCCACGAAAAAGGCGGCUACAUCUACGCCCAGCUCUGGCACGCCGGCCGUGUCACUGUCCCCCAGAUGACGGGCACCGACCCCGUCGCCCCCUCCGCUAUUCCAUGGGACUCGCCGGACGAGCGCUACUCGCACCCGCCGGUCGGGGAGUCCGUGCCCCCCCGCUACGCCGACCACCCGCCCAUCGAGCUGUCGGCCGAGCACAUUCAGCGCACGAUUGAAGAUUAUCGACGCGCAGCGCGCGCGGCUAUUGACAUCGGCUUCGAUGGUGUUGAGGUUCACGGCGGAAACGGAUACCUGCCGGAGCAGUUUUUGAGUUCGAACAUCAACAAGCGGACGGACGAAUAUGGCGGUACACCUGAGAAGCGGUGUCGCUUUACGCUCGAGCUAAUGGACUCGCUGGCCAAGUCCAUUGGCGAGGAGAAGUUGUCCAUCCGGUUGUCGCCGUUUGGUCUCUUCAACCAGACUCGUGGCGAGCAGCGUUUGGAAACCUGGUCGCAUUUGUGUCGGUCGUUGAAGCAGGCUCUUCCUCACCUCUCCUACGUCAGCUUUAUCGAGCCGCGCUACGAGCAAAUCUUCAGCACCGAAGAAAAAGACACGUUCCUUGCCUCCUGGGGCCUCACCGACGUCAGCCUCGACGGCUUCCGCCAGAUCUUCGGCUCCACUCCCUUCUUCACGGCUGGCGGCUACAACGACCAGAACGCCUGGGGCGUGCUGGAGUCUGGCCGCUACGAUGCUAUUCUCUUCGGCAGGCCGUUCACUAGUAACCCGGAUUUAGUGAAUCGGUUGCGCAAGGGGAUUGCGUUGACGCCGUACGAGAGGACGAGGUUUUAUGGGCCGUUUGAGGAUAAUAAGCUUUGUUAUGUGGAUUAUGAGGAUGCGAAGGACGCGUGAUUGCUUGCCUGCAACGGGGGCCGGAGGAUUAUGUAUAGAUGUGACUAGCUGUAGAUAGAUAUAGAUAUUAUGCUGGAUUCAAUAAUAUGUAUCGCUUGACAGUC